AAUUUAAUAAGAAUAUAUAAAUGCAUACUUAAAACAACUUUAUGUACAAUUCAUAAGGUUAUAUGUAUCCUUAAUAAUAUAUGUAUCCUCACCCACCCCCAAAUUAUGUAUUUCCAUAACAAAUACAAGCUCCUCCUUAAUUUUAUUAUAUGAAUCCCUAAAAUCCUGCUAUGUAUUAAUAUAAUAUUGGAUAAUAACAAUAAUAAUAACAAAGAAUUAAAUGCAAUUAGCCUAAAACAAAAGAAUAGGAAGUCAAACAAUAGAAACCAUAAGUAGUUAAAUAGUAACCUAAUUAAAUCAUGUAAUAAUAAAUGGAAACACAGAAAACAAGCAUGAAGAUUUUAACAGAACAAUAAAUUAAAGAUUAAAUAGGAUCUAUUACAAAAUAAGGGUUUUGUCAUUAUUGUAAUAAGAAUGGCAAAACAUGUUAUUAUUGUUUUAGCAAUUACAAAUCUACAGAUUGUAGACAUGGAUUUUGUUUUGAUUGUUUGAUGUUCAAAUUUAAGGUAAUAAGCAAAUAUAUCAAUAUAAUAGAUUAAUCCAAUUAAAAUAUUGCUCAGACCAGAUUGGAAUUGCCCUAUUAAGUGUAAAUAAUGCAUUUGCAGCAGAUGCACUAAUUUAAAUCACAUGGAUUCUGAUUAAUUUAUUUCUAAUGACUCUGUAGAAAGUUGCAAUAAAUAUGCUCAUAUCAUUGAGAAUACAAAGAAAAUAAAGAAGUAAUAUUAAAAGAAGAAGAACAUUAUUAGAGAAAUGUUUUAAGUUAAGUUUUAACAGUUGGAUCCAAAAAAAAAGAAAUAAUAAUAGGUAUUUUAUUGAUAUAAAUGUAGUCAAUGAAGAAGACUUUAUUACUAAAUAAGAUUAAGAAAUAAAUGUAAUUUUCAUAGGAAUGCAUAAUGAAAUUGAAAUAAAAGCAUAGCCAAAAUGAUGAAUAAAUAUUGCAUCAAGUUGUGAGAUAUAACUUUGGUUCUUUGAUCGAUUUGUUUAAAGAAUAUAAGUCAGCAUGA